GAAAGGCUCAGUCCCCAGUUUGAGUCAGAGCUAGGGACCAUGCCGUCCCAGGCUCAGGGAUAAAAACCAUCGGGCCCAAGUGCCAUCCAUAUUCCAUCUCCACUCUUUCCUCCACAAAUUGGGACUCAUCCCUGCUGUAAAGCACAGCCUAAGAGCAAGUUUGCUGGAACUGAUGUACCGUGAUGCUGGUACAAAUGAAGGGAACAAAAGACCAUGCUUUCACAUAAUACCAUGGUGAAGCAGAGAAAACAGCAAGCAUCAGCCAUCAUGAAGGAAAUCCAUGGAAAUGAUGUAGAUGGCAUGCACCUGGGCAAAAAAGUCAGCAUCCCCAGAGACAUCAUGUUGGAAGAACUAUCCCAUCUCAGUAACCGUGGCGCCAGACUAUUUAAGAUGCGACAAAGAAGAUCUGAUAAAUAUACAUUUGAAAAUUUCCAGUAUGAAACUAAAGCACAAAUAAAUCACAACAUUGCCAUGCAGAAUGGGAAACUGGAUGGAAGCAACUUGGAAGGUGGCUCACAGCAAGCCCCAUUUACCCCUCCCAACACUCCGGAUCCACGAAGUCCCCCAAAUCCAGAAAACAUUGCACCAGGAUAUUCUGGACCACUUAAGGAAAUUCCUCCUGAAAAGUUCAACACCACGGCUGUCCCUAAGUACUAUCAGUCGCCCUGGGAACAGGCCAUUAGCGAUGAUCCGGAGCUUUUAGAGGCUUUAUACCCUAAAUUUUUCAAGCCUGAAGGAAAGGUAGAACUGCCUGAUUACAGGAGCUUUAACAGAGUUGCCACUCCAUUUGGAGGUUUUGAAAAAGCAUCAAAAAUGGUUAAAUUCAAAGUUCCAGAUUUUGAACUACUACUUCUAACAGAUCCCAGGUUUAUGGUUUUUGCCAAUCCUCUUUCUGGCAGACGGUCCUUUAAUAGGACUCCAAAGGGAUGGAUAUCUGAGAAUAUUCCUAUAGUGAUAACAACUGAGCCUACAGAGGAUACCACUGUACCAGAAACAGAAGACCUAUGAAAAGAAAGUUUUAUUUGCCACAAAACCCUCUAAACAUAAAUGUUGCUGUUUUAUUAUUCUACUUACUGGCAAAGCCACUUACACUCUUCAUUAGUAGCAAUAAUUUAAUAGCAAUUUAGCAAUUUUCCUUUUAUCACAUUUAAAUUCAGUCUCAGAUCAAACACUAAUAAACAAUUCGAAAUCUUGCUUUAAAAACUUUCAA